UGUGUGGACCGUAAUGACCGCACGCUUCCGGUUGCCUGCUGGCAGAUCCUACAAUGUCCGGACGACGGAGCUGGCACGCGACAGACAGCGCACCGAGGUGGUCUGCAACAUUCUUCUUUUGGACAACACUGUCCAGCCUUUUAAAGUCAAUAAGCACGAUCAAGGACAGAUCCUACUGGACGCUGUCUUCAAGCACCUGGAACUAACCGAGAGAGACUAUUUUGGGUUGCACCUGGCCGACGAGCCCUCUGAUAGUCCGAGGUGGCUGGAUCCAAAUAAACCCAUAAGGAAGCAAUUAAAAAGGGGCUCCCCACAUCAUCUGAACUUCCGGGUGAAAUUCUUUGUGAGUGACCCCAACAAACUUCAGGAAGAAUACACACGGUACCAGUAUUUUCUACAGAUUAAGCAAGACAUACUCAGUGGAAGACUGCCCUGUCCGCACAAUACUGCCGCACUCCUUGCAUCGUAUGCCGUUCAGUCCGAGCUGGGUGAUUAUAGCGAGGCUGAGAAUUUGCCAGGAUACCUGUCUGAGUUCUUCUUCAUCCCCAACCAGCCUCAGGGCUUUGAGAAAGAUGUCGCCAAACAUCACCAGCAACACAAUGGACUUAACCCAGCACAGUCUGAAUUCAAUUACCUGAACACAGCACGAACAUUGGAUCUCUAUGGAGUUGAACUACACUAUGCAAGGGAUCAAAGCAACACUGAGAUUUAUGUGGGCGUGUUGUCAGCUGGCAUUGGCAUCUACAAGAACAGGGUACGAAUCAACUAUUUUCCAUGGUUAAAGAUUGUGAAAAUAUCUUUUAAGUGCAAACAGUUUUUCAUCCAGCUAAGAAAAGAGGCGCAUGAUACAAGAGAUACAUUGCUCGGUUUCAACAUGGUAAACUACAGGGCCUGUAAGAACCUCUGGAAAACCUGUGUUGAACACCACACCUUCUUUCGGCUGGAUCGACCCGUUCCUCCACAGAAGAACUUUUUUGCGCACUACUUCAGUUUGGGCUCCAGGUUUCGUUACUGCGGGAGGACGGAAGCACAAUCUGUUCAGUAUGGCAAGGAGAAGGGAAUCAAGGACAGGGUGUUUGCAAGCAAGCCCCUGGCCAGAAAGCUGAUGGGUGUGACAGACUGGGAAGCAGUGAGCAGGAACUCACUGUCUGAAGAGAGGCUAGAGACCCGCAGCCUACCCACCCGCUCCCCUCCUGGGACACCUAACCACAACUCCUUGUUUGUUCAAGAGGGUCCCCGGCUGCGGCCCUCUUCAAUGGGUCACCUGGUGGACCAUGUCAUCCAUGCCUCCCCCAGCCUUCCGGUUUUCUCCAAUCACAAAUCGGCUUCCUCUACACAAGCUAACAGCAUCAGCCUGGAGUCUACACCGUCUCCAGAAGGUGUUGAAGGUCCACCACCAGCCCUCCCACCCAAGCAGUCCCGGAAGAACCUGAGCCAGCUCAUACUGUCCCAUUCCCAACAGGACUUGGACAACCACAUCAACGAAAUGUACGAUGUCCCCACAGCAACCGACAAGGUCAUGCCCAAUGGAGUCGUUCCUCAUGACAAUCUUGUCCUGAUCAAGAUGAAGCCGGAUGAGAACGGGAGAUUUGGGUUUAAUGUGAAGGGUGGAUCUGAUCAAAAGAUGCCAAUUAUUGUGUCUCGAGUAGCGCCUGGAACAUCGGCUGAUUUGUGUGUCCCCCGACUGAACGAGGGCGAUCAGGUUGUGCUGAUCAACGGUCGGGAAAUUGCAGAGCAUUCACAUGAUCAGGUGGUCAUGUUCAUCAAGGCCAGCUGUGAAAGCCACUCGGGGGAGCUCAUUCUGCUGGUGCGGCCCAAUGCAAUCUAUGAUGUUGUUGAGGAAAAGCUGGAGACAGAGCCAGAUUUCCAGUAUAUCCCUGAAAAAUCUCCUACAGACCCAUCUCACCUCGACCAGGACGCCUGGAGAGACUCAAUGCUGUAUUUAAAGGAGGGUCUCAACAGCGGUACUAUACUGGCCCAGUUUGAUCAAUUGUAUCGUAAAAGGCCUGGAAUGACAAUGUCAUGUGCCAAAUUACCUCAGAAUAUUUCCAAAAACCGCUACAGAGACAUCUCACCUUAUGAUGCAACUCGAGUCAUUCUGAAAGGCACAGAAGACUACAUCAAUGCAAAUUACAUCAACAUGGAAAUCCCUGCCUGCAGUCUCAUAAACCGCUAUAUCGCCUGCCAGGGGCCUCUGCCCAACACGUGCUCUGAUUUUUGGCAGAUGACGUGGGAGCAGGGCUCUUCUAUGGUAGUCAUGCUUACUACUCAGGUCAAGUGCCAUCAGUACUGGCCGAACCCCUCAGGUAGCGCUACAUACGGCGGCUUUCAGAUUUCCUGCCAGACUGAAGAGGGAAACUCUGCUUUCUUGGUUCGGGAAAUAACACUUACUCACAUUGAGAGUGGAGAGAGCAGAGAACUGACCCAAAUCCAGUAUCUGGCUUGGCCUGACCACGGUGUACCAGACGAUUCAACAGACUUCCUGGAUUUUGUGGCUCUGGUCCGGAAUAAACGAGCAGGGAAGGAUGAGCCUGUGGUGGUCCACUGCAGUGCUGGGAUUGGUCGGACCGGAGUUCUCAUCACAAUGGAGACAGCCAUGUGUCUGAUGGAGUGCAGUCAGCCGGUGUUUCCAUUAGAAAUAGUGAGAACCAUGCGGGAUCAGAGGGCCAUGAUGAUUCAGACGCCUAGCCAGUUCAAGUUUGUGUGCGAGGCCAUACUGAAAGUUUACGAGGAGGGCCUGGUCAAACCGCUCAAGUCCAUUCUGUACGAAUCCAACUAA